GCACGGAACCGGAAACGAAAAGGUGCAGGCGGGGCCGACACGCGGUGCAGAAGUUCUCGGCACCUUGAGUGAGGUUGUAAGAUGCAACCUAUCAGCAGCGCCACCGCUAACAUGUCAAUCGAGUGUGUAGGUGCAAGCCUGUCGUCUGCUGCUGAUCUACAAAAGCGGCGUGGGUAAGCACUAGCGCGACGACAGCAACGACAGCAUGCGUGUCUAGAGGAGCCGUUUUAUUUAUCCUGUGCGGUCCACAAACAUGUUGACACGGACAACGAAAUGGAUGACCUCCACGUUGUUAUGGAACUUAUAGAAUCUGAGAGCGAAGACGAGGAACUCGACGCAGUGUUGUGCCAAGUCGGUGCUGAACUUGUCCGUAGCGAUCGCAAUCGUAUUCCAAGAUACUACGAGGAAGUUGUAGCCAGGUAUUUUGAUUACGAGUUCAAGCGCCUUUUUCGGCUCUCCAGAGACACAUUUAAAACCCUUGCGGAGCGUUUCAAGUCGUCUGCCUUUUUCCCAACGCCUCAGGGAGGUCGCCCACAAAUACCCGCGGAGAAAACGUGCCUGAUUGCUUUGAGUUAUUUGGGUACUCAGAACAGUAUGUAUAGAAUUGCUGAUACCUUUGAUGUGUCUGAGUCAUCAGUGUCUCUGUGCCUCAAAAGGGUUCUGGACUUCUUAUUCAAUAUCAGCGAAGAAGUGAUUGCUUGGCCUAGUGAUCAAGAGCGGGCGAAUAUCAAAGCACGCUUUCUUGCUAGAAGCAACGGCAAAGGACCGAGAAACACCAUAGGGUGUGUUGACGGCUGCCACAUUGAAAUCCCUCACCAGAAGGAAUCCCCAGCAUCAUACUACAACAGGAAAAAAUUUCCUUCGAUCGUUCUGCAAGGGAUCUGCGACUCAAGCAGCCGUUUCAUCGACGUUUUCGUUGGCUAUCCCGGCUGCGCACACGACGCGCGCGUGCUGAAAGAAAGCCCCAUCUAUUCUGUAGCAGAGACUAAGUGUGCUAACGACUACUUGCUGGGGGACGCGGCGUAUCCGCUUCUCCCAUGGCUGAUGCCUCCGUAUAAAGAUAAUAGGGCAACGUUUGAGCGCUAUAAGCGGAAUUUCAACAAGAUACACAGCCAACAACGUGUGGCAAUUGAGCAUGCAUUUGGCCUUCUGAAACAGCGUUUCAGAAGGCUAUAUCUUGUAGACGCAGACUCAAUCGACCAGUGUUGUCUCAUUGUACUUGGAGCAUGCGUGCUACAUAACUUGUGUAGCAGUAGCAUUGACAUGCUAGGUGACUGCGAAGACCCCCCCAGGGAGGACAACAUCGAAAAUGAAAAUGACGGAGCCAUCACAAGCACUGCAGCUAUUAAGCAGAUGUGCGAGCUUAGACGCCAGAAUAUUGCUGAGACACAGUGCUGAGAGUACACUUUUCUCAACGGAACUUUGCUUUCUGCCAUAUUCUGCCCACUAUAAUUUUGUUUUGGAUGUUUUGCACUGUUUCAAGCCUUGCACCUUCUGUUUGUGUCUGAGUUGUAUAAAUGCCAAA